UCAUCAAACCUGGAGAGAGACAGGGACACCCGCACAACGGAAAAACCGUGGAAAUGUGAAGACUGUGGGAAAGAAUUCCAUUAUCCAUCUCAGCUGGAAAACCAUCAAUGCAGCCACAGUGGGAAGAGGCCGUUCACCUGCUCCGAGUGUGGGAAGGGAUUCACACAGUCAUACCAGCUGCUGACACAUCAGCGAGUUCACACUGGGGAGAGGCCAUUCACCUGCCCUGUAUGUGGGAAAGGAUUCACUAGGUCUUCUGAUGUGCUAAAGCACCAGCGAAUUCACACUGGGGAUAGGCCAUUCACCUGCUCCAGGUGUGGGAAGGGAUUCACUCAGUUAUCGAACCUGCUGAGACACCAGCAAGUUCACACUGGUGAGAGACCAUUCCUCUGCUCUGAGUGUGGGAAAGCAUUCACUCAGCUAUCCAGCCUGCUGACACACCAGCGUGUUCACACUGGGGAGAGGCCGUUCACCUGCCCUGUAUGCGGGAAAGGAUUCACUAGAUCCUCUGACCUGCUGAAGCACCAGCGAAUUCACACUGAGGAGAGGCCGUUCAGCUGUACUUCCUGUGGAAAGAGGUUCAGGUCUUCAUCUAACCUUAUUGUACACCAGCGAGUUCACACAGGGGAGAGACCGUUCAUCUGCUCCAAGUGUGGGAAGGGAUUCACCCAGUUACCCACCCUCCUACGUCACCAGCAUGUUCACACUGGGGAGAGACCGUUUACCUGCUCUGAGUGUGGGAAGGGAUUCACUCAGUUAUCCCACCUGCGAACACACCAGCGAGUUCACUCUGGGGAGAGGCCAUUCACCUGCUCUCAGUGUGGGAAAGGAUUCAGUGGGUCCUCUAACCUGUUGAAGCAUCAGCGAAUUCACACUGGAGAGAGGCCGUUCACCUGCUCCGAAUGUGGGAAGAAAUUUAUUCAGUUAUCCAAACUACGAAGACACCAGCAAGUUCAUAAGUGACUGCAGGGGAUGAAUUCUGCUGUUAUUGCUGCUGUUAAUCACAUCCAGGACUGAACCAUGUUCAUUCUGACAGUUGGGGUUUGUUUCUGCUGAUGUUUAUAAUCCCUGUAACUGGGCUGGAGUUUAACAUUUUGGAUCUAUCGCUAAUUUUGUUCUCGAGGCUGCAGUGUCCCUUUAAGAAGCGCUGUCUCUGAUCUUUCCCCAUAAUUCAGGAACUCUCAUUGGAAGUUAAUUUACAACAAGAUUCUAGACUUUUAUUUCAAUCCUAAAUUGAUCUUUGGACAAUUCAGUGUCUGAGAGGUUCCACUGAUUAACAUCUCCAAUUAGAAAGUGCUGAUUAAUCCUUGCUGACAAUUCUUACUGACUUGCACAUUACUCACAGUGACACCUCCAUUAUCCAGCAGAAUGAAGGGGAAUGGGAAUUGGUGGGGAAUGUUACCCCUCCCGCUUGGUACAGAAUGGAGACAAGUUCAAUCCAUAUAACAGACUGGAUGAAAUCAUCAUCUAAUAACAUUAUAAAAUCUUCAGAAAUUUAUGGAAUAUUACAGAAAUUGCUCACUGUCUCUCUUAUGAAGAAAGCUUCCAUAGCAGCUUGCUGGCUGACAAACACAGGACAGGCCUGUUAUCUCUGCCAAGGACAUGUCUCCAGCACAAGCCCUGAAACAAGACAUUUCUCACCCUGAUACAAUUGGAUCUCAUGACACAUAUGUAAACCAACUGCCUGUGUAAAGGUUAAAACAGGCUCUCGAGAGCACAGACAUCGUGAUGUGAUCCACAUUGGCUUCAGCGCAACACCCACACUCUGGCUCACACCAGUUAACCGUUCAGAGGAGAUUGUCACCACCAGCUACAGAGACCAGUUCUCACUCUGCAUCAUCCGUCCGUUUGUCCUCCGGGACCGGUAAACCGCUCUCAUUUGUCACGGGUCGUGUGUUUUUCUAUUUAUAGCUUACGCAUCAUAUUUAAACUGUUG